AAGAUGUUUGCGCCUGCCCAAAUGGCCUUUGUUUGCCAUGUCAUAUCAGCAUAGAAACUGGGCUUCAGUGUACGACUGAUGUCACACUGGGUAUAAGAGCUGUGGCCUUAGCCUUGCCCUCCUGUUUGUGGAUUUACCCCGUGACCAUCUACAACCUCAGAUCACUUUUCCGGGAGCCAUACACGAACUUCAGGAGGUGAGAUCUGAGAAGUUCUCUCCAAACUAAGGUUGGCCAGAACUGCUACAUGGACAAGUCAUCCGGCUUCUAUCACUAUUAAUUACAACAACGGAUUGUAGUAAUUUAAUCUUGCUUCUCUGGUUUCUGGGGCGCUAUUAUUGAAAUAAUUGUCUUUGGUUUGCUUCGAUGGCACAGGACAGGACACGGAGCAGGAUAUUUGCUUGGGGGAUACAGUGCCUCAAUAGAGCUAGAAAAUGUUACCAUAUAUGAAGCGAAGGAGCACAGUCUAGACAUGCUCUAUUUGUGUGUCAUCAGAUAACUCCUGUUAUAAACUGGCGCUAUACAAAUACAAUUAAAUUGAAUUGCAUUCCUUUUUAAUAAUACUGUUUUGCAACAACUACCUUAUUAUUAUGUCAAAUCAAGAAAAUGAACCAGUAUGAUCUGUUUUUACAUUUCUGCUCUUCCUCAUAUUCCUUGUCUUCUACUUGCAGCAAUGGCGUUCCAGUCAAAUGUAAUCAACUCGCAGCCUCAGGUCUCCGUCACACAGUACACUGUCUCCACCGGAUUGUCAGAUUGGAGUUCAAAUGUGUGCGACUGCUGUGAAGACUGCGGCAUCUGUCUUUGUGCAACGUUCAUCCCUUGUAUCCUGGCCUGUAAAGUGGCUCAGGACAAUGAUGACAGCUGCUGUGUUCCCUUCCUUCCUGGUGCCAUGAUUGCUCUGAGGACAAGCAUCCGCAGCAAAUACCACAUUACCGGCUCGGUGUGUGACGACUGGGUAGUCAUGGCCUGCCUGCCUCUGUGUGGACUGUGUCAGAUGGCGCGGGAGCAGAAGAUGAGGGGACGAGUCUAAUUUUCAAAUUUCAAAGAAAGAGAAUAUGUGGAAGUUCACAUUCCUUCGUCUGGACGCAAUUUCUGUAUUUCAGAUUAAAAUUUGAUAUUUGUUGGCAUGACAAUAAUUAGGUACUGUGUUUUUAUAAUGUGAGAAGAUGGGUGAUAAUCAGACUGAAUUGCAAUUUUUGUUUAACUUGUUUAAUUAUUCUAUACUAUUUUAACAUAAUAUAUAUUCCAUCAUACAACUAUAGACAUCAAAUUAAAAAUUAGAGAUGCAGGAAGCAAUUCAGACUUGGAACUGGAUCAUUCAUAUGGAAGAAGUUAUAACAAAAAAAAUAAUUCAGUAUCUCAACAGGUCUAAACUUUUACAUUGAACUGUCUCUAAGUUAAAUAUUCCCUCACUGAGAUGAAAUUGUCGGCGUGAAGAAGGAAAUUCUGAGAUUUACAGCAACAAUGCCUUUUCCUUUACAGUA